AUGACUAAAAUUAGAGGUGAUCUUGUUAAAAAGUAUGUUCCUAAGCCUUGUAAAAACAAGAAAAUAAAGACUCAAUCUCAAGUUUCAAGGUGUUCAAAGAGGAAAAAGAUUGUUGUUGAAGUACCCAAGUAUGAUUUGAAUUCUGAUACGAUGGAUGCAAUAGAUAACUAUGAGGAGAGUCUUGAUGAGGUUGAGUCUUGUGAAGAGUGCAGUGGAAACGAGUCCACAAGUGGAGAUAGCCGAGAUGCUGGAGAUGAGGAUGAUGAUCAUCUAUCCUUGCCAACUUGUGCAAGAGAAAUAUCUCGAGACGAAAGAACAAGAGAAACAAUAGAGGAGACGAUGGAAGAGAACAAGGAAGAAAAAAAAGAGGAGAAAGUAGAAGAAUAUGAAGCAAAUGGAGAAGGAGAGAAAGAACAACAAAAGGAGAAGAUAACAGAGAAUGAAGAAGAGAAGAAGCUUGAAAAAGAAGGAAUGACCACUGAAGUUGAAAUGGACGUGAUGAAUAUUGUGAUGGAGCUUAUUGGUCAGGUUGGUGGUGAUUAA